CAGGCUCACAAUAAUACCCAUGCAUAAUUCAUAGAGUGCCAACGACAACCCGGGUGCAUAUCUGUUACUGAGUCGGCUGCGGCAGGGGAGGCUGCAGCAGCCAGAGAAGAAAGAUUAUGGAAAGGCGGAAGGGGCAGAAGGGCAUGACACAAAAUGUGGAUUAAGUGUUAUCCAGAAAGGAAGACAGCGGCGCAGGUGGCAAACUGAAACAUGUGCAAGUUGAAGAUGAUGAAUCUGCAGCAUUGGAGAAGAUAUCUUUGGAUUUGGGAUGAACCACAGUCAGCAGGAUCCUUCGGAGUCGUGUCACUUAUUCUCCACGGGCGGUGAAUUUCUUUUCCUCUCUGUGACACUAGUUGGUUUAAUAGGUACAGAAAACACAUGGAUGGAUAAUCCUUUGAAUACAAAUGAAGCAGAUGUGUGCGUUUGAGUUCAGGUCUCUUUAAAAGUAAUAAAACAUCCUUCAUUGAUGUAAAUGUCCUCCACCACCUGAGACCAAGUCUACUAUUUACAAUUAUGGAUUUGCAUAACCAGUCAGACAACAUGAGUCCUUGCCAUCCACCUCUGCAAUGGACAUCGAAAUCUUUUCAAAAUCCAGACAAGCAUGAAAUUUUGAGUAUAUCAUCUCUGGUCCCUUCCACCGUCCUCACACUUAUUCCCAGCUGUGAGACCACAACUGCUGGAAGCCCAUACUCUGAAUUUCCAUCUUUUGCUAAAGAAACGGAGGAGAAGAAACUUUCCAAAACCUGUAGUUCUGAAUUUUUAGAAGCUGGGGGUCAAGAAACCACAACCAAACCAAUUUCUGAUAGCACUAAUCCUGAAGAAGUUCAGCUGAGAAAGCCAUCAGAUGGACACAUCCUGGAGGACAAAUCCAUAAGUUUAAUUUUGCCCAAAGAGGACCACAAUGAAGAAACAGGUGGAAACCAUCGUGCCUUUUCAUCUCGUGAACUGCUUGCAAUACUGGGAAUCACGCUUUGUAUUAAGCUGGUCAUCAUUACUGCUCUCUUAGUCAAGUUCCUGGCAUUCCCAUCUGAGUCAAAUGAAUCACCUCUUCCUUGUGACACAGGAGGGAGCUGCAGUGUCUCAAGUCAACUACCUUUUCUGUCUAAGAACCCAGUCAACCAGACAGGAAACAUCACUGCGGCCUGCCAGGUUAUGGUCAAUGGCGGCCAACGUAUUGUGGGCGGGACCUUAACGACAGAGGGCAAGUGGGGUUGGCAAGUCAGCAUGCACUGGAAGGGGGAUCACGUCUGCGGAGGCGCCAUCAUCUCCCCCCACUGGGUCAUCACUGCAGCUCACUGCUUUGUUGAAAACAACAUGUUUCAAGCAGCAGACUGGUUGGUGGUAGUGGGCACAGUGAGCAUCGCAGACAGCUCCAUGGGGAAACGCCACAGAGCCCAGCUGAUUCACUACCACCCUCAGUUUAACAAGAACAACAAUGACUAUGAUGUGGGGCUGCUGCGCACCAUCACUGACAUGGACAUGACUGGUGGGGUGCGGCCAGUGUGUUUACCGAGACUGACUGAGUCUUUUCCUCCUGGAGCACCAUGCCUGAUCACAGGCUGGGGAUUUUCCCAAGAAGGAGGGUUUGUGUCAGAAAAGCUACAGGAGGCUCAGGUGAAUGUGAUAGCUCAGUCCGUCUGCUCCAGCUUAGCCGUCUAUGGGGCCUUCAUUACUCCGCGGAUGAUUUGUGCCGGCAGCCUUUCAGGGGGAGUCGACUCUUGCCAGGGAGACAGUGGGGGGCCACUGGUGUGUGAGACACCUAAUGGGGACUGGAGACUGGCAGGGGUGGUGAGUUGGGGAGAAGGCUGUGCCCGGCCUAAUAAACCAGGCGUCUACAGCAGAGUAACUCAACUGCUCCAGUGGGUUGAAGGACUCACAGAGAUUAAAUCAGAAAUGUUGAAGGACACCACAGCAGCUCCACAGGAGUCCGUGCCAGCAAUCAUUUCUUCUCUGAGAUAACUGACAAUAAAGAUUAACACAUUAUA